AUGACGGGCACCGCUACACCACCAUCCAACAAUGAUUCGCCCGGAAGCAAGCCAUUGCCCACUAGAAAGAGAGCCAGCGAUGCAACGCCCGAGGACAAACCCAAGAGGACGCGCACUGGCUGCCUGACAUGCCGAGAACGCCAUUUGAAAUGCGACGAGAGCAAGCCAACCUGCCAUAAUUGCCUCAAGUCGCAGCGCGAGUGCAACUGGGGCAAGAAACUCAAUUUCCUCGAUACCACAUGCGAGAAAAACGCAUACAUAAUACCACAAGGCAUAGACUACCAGGUAGCCUUCAUGGACGAAUCGAGGACUAUCGCAUCUGAAUAUGUGGGUGGUCGAGAAAUGUAUCCGGUAGAGGAUGUGGACUCGCACUCGCACCUGUCCGUGGCUAACAACGGAUUCGACAUGGGCCCACCAGCAGCGUCGCGUCAGCACAUCCCCCAAAUACAGGGCAUCGCACAAGAGUCCUAUCAGCAGGCCCAAAUCAACUACAACUUUGAUCAACAGCGGACACAGCAGCAGCAGCAACAACACGCGCGAUCCAUGUCCAACUACUCAAACGGCCCCACACCAUCCUCCUACACAAUGGAACACUCGGCGAGCCCAGGGGCCAUGCCAAAGCGUGACUACCUCAAAACUCAAGAAGAGGUACUGUAUAUGCAGGUCUUUGUUGAAGAGAUUGGCAUAUGGAUGGACAGCAUGGAUGCCCACAAGCACUUUUCGCGUUUGCUACCCUUCCAUGCGCUCAACGAACCUAUGCUACUGCACGCCUUCCUCGCAUGCGGUGCACGCCAUCUAGCUCUUGUUAACCCCAAGUACAGUGAAGAGAAGGCACUCCAUUACUACGAUGUCGCCACACGCGAUCUAUUGCACUCAUUGCAGGACCCCGACCGUGACACCAUUCUCUGCGCAACCACCGCUGUCAUUCUCAACGUUUACGAAAUCAUGGGUGAGCGCGCGCUACAACGGAUGAACCACAUUGCGGGAGCUCGAGCCCUGAUCAAGGAAUGUCGCUGGAAUGCUAGGUCUACUGGCAUCGGAGCCGCAUGCUUCUGGUUGAAUGUAGGCAUGGAGAUUUUGAGCUGUCUGCACUUCAAUUGGCAGGUCGCUUGGGACCCAGAUGAAUGGGGCAUUGAAAUGGACUUUACACCCGAGACCGAGUCUGGCAAGGAAGAAGUCUGGACACACCGUAUACUGUAUGUUGUGGCGAGGAUCUGUAAUUUCCGCGCUUCGAUACCGCGGAACCAAGAUAUCGCGAGACAGACCCUCCAAGAACGACACAACGAAUGGCUUCGGCUCAAAGACAUGGCUGACAGAUGGAACGACAACAUACCGCGCACUAUGCAUCCAAUGGCUUACCUGUACCCGGGACAGACGAUAUCCGGAUCAGCCUUCCCCGAAGUCUGGCUGAUCAAGAGAGCAUCGAUCAUUGCGCGGCUCUUUUACCACACUUCCAUGGUCUUGCUAGCGCAGAUCAACCCAAUCCAGGGGCCGAGCGAGCCUGAGAUGUGGGCUAUGCUAGAGCAAAAUUCCAAAUUCGUUUGCGGCAUUAGCGCACAUGUUAAGGAUCGUGGCGUCGCUAGUGUAGCGCUCCGAUCACUUGCAAUUGCUGCUGAGCCUCUAACAGAUCGACGAGAACAAGAGGAGGUACUUCAGAUCUUCGACAAGAUCCGUCAAGAGACAGGCUGGCGAGUUGGUUUUGUCAACACGGAGCUGAAGCAGAAAUGGGGUUGGGACACGCCUCAGAGUCAGGACCAGAAGCCACAGCAGCAACCGCCGCCACAGCAACAGUCCCAGCAGCAGCAGCAACAACAACAUGUCAAUGGCCACAUGCAGGACGGAAACGUCAUGUAUCAGCAACAGCCACAAAUUGUAGUCCAGCAACAGAUGCCGCAAGUGUCAAUGGCACCGGCUCCAGUACCAAGACGGCCAACGGGCUUUGGUAACCCACUCUUAGUGGCAGACUUUAGUAUGCCACAACAUCCCUACCAGACACAUUACGUACCGGCGAACAUUGUCCAGCAACAGCAUCCACCGACAUUACUCCAGCCACCACUAAAUGGUGUCAACGGAUAUGGUGGACAACAUUUCUUCUAGAUAUCUCUCUGUUGUUCCCCCAUUGCCCAAGACCUUCGCCCCUUCGCUCUUGUAUUACUUGAAAUUCAUGAUCCACAAAAAAGGGAACGGCCCUUGGAUAUCCUCUGUACGGGAUUUCGGGUUCCUAUAUACGGUCUCACGCCGCUUUUUCCUUUUACACUAACGACGUCACGAGUAGAAAACUGCGAUAACUAAUAGUAUGAUCAUUCUGGCAAAAAAGUGAUGGGGAACACACGACUGUCUGCGUAGAGCUUCUCCUGUUGUUUCAAAAAGAAUCUGAGCUGUUCUUUUUCUUUUCUUCUUGUUAAUAAUAUACCCUCGGAUUUCGACGUCCUUUUCAUAUACAAACAAUUGCAUUUGCCAAACUUCA